GUGAGACUUCUGAGACUGCGACCGGAGGCCCGCCGCCCGUCCCGACCGCGGACGCUAGAAGGUGGGGUGCUCAUCAUCUGCGUGAGACUUCUGAGACUGCGGCCAGAGCCCCGCCGCCCGUCCCGACCUCUGAAGCGGGAAGGCGGGCUGAUGCCCGUCAUCUGCGUGCGACUUCCGAGACUGCGGCUGGAGGCCUGCCGCCCGUCCCGACCCCGGACGCUAGAAGAUGGGAUGCUCUUCAUCUGUGUACAACUACUGGGGCGACGGUUGGAGCCCCGUCUCGUGUUUCCCCACCUACCUCUGAGACGGGAGUUUGUGGGUCAGUAAAAACCUCUUAUUCAACAGCACUGCCAACUGAACUGAUCGACAUGACGCCGUUCUCUGCAAGCGAGUACGACCUUAUGUCACCCACCUGCUCUACUUCGAGGGCUUCAGUCCAGGAUGCAGGGGACCAUGGCACAUGGACUUUUCCUGAGCACUUGAUGUGCAAUCAAACAGAGAUCACGGCUCCCGAGAACCACCAUUUGGAGGAGAACGAAUACGGAGAACAGGGAGCUGAGUCUGAUGUCAGCGACGGUGUUGAGGUGGCUCCGCCCCAGCACAGUUCUCAGUCGCGUACAUCUCAGUCGGCGAGGAACGGCGCAUCGUGCGGCGAAGUGCGGAAAAAAAAUGUUUGCAUAUAUUGCAAGCAAAAGAGAAAUCUGAUAUGGCGCCAUAUCAAGACGGUCCACCGUGACGAGAAGGAAGUCAAGGAUAUACAGGAGUGUGAUUCUGAGCAGGAACGAAAAAUGAAAAUCACCGUGAUGAUCAACAAAGGCAACAUGGAGCACAACAAACUCGUCCUACAAAGGGGUGAAGGUGACAUGAUCUUGGGAAGGAAGUCGGACCAGGCGUCCGUGGACGACUACGUGCCAUGUCCUUACUGCUAUCUUUUUGUGGUUAAAACCAACAUGAUGCAGCACAUAAAACAUCACUGUGUGGCUCGCAAAACAGAAUGCCCAGACAUUCCCACGGUGCUGGCAGAGAGCCGGACGCUCCUGAGUGACGGCCAAGAAGAAAAUACUGGGUAUCACAAGGACAUAUUGUCUCGUAUGCACGACGAUGCAGUUACGAAGACCAUAAAGAACGAUGAACUCCUGAAGAAGUGGGGUGCCAACUUGCACGCGAAACUUGGAAGGUCGGGUUUUGCGCAGAUAAGCCAGCGCCUAAGGAUGAUGGGCGAAGUUGUCCAAGCAGCCGGAAAGAGCAUGCAAGAGCUGAUCAAUGGCGAAGGAUUUGAUACGGUUGUAAGUGCCACCAAAUCCGUCUGUGGGUUUGAGCAGGACAAGCUAAACGCCCACACGGGGCUGCCCACAUACAAAACUCCUUCAAAGGCCAUGCGGAUUGGAGGCGAACUACGACAGCUGGCUGCUCUCAAGAAGGGCAUUGCGCUGAUCAAGAAAGAAGAAAGCGAAGUGAAAGAUGCUGAGGCGUUCUUGUAUCACGUGGACCAAUUCUGGAAUGUGAAGAUCAGCAGCGUAGCGCUGAAGAACCGCGAGUCGAACAAGUAUGACAAGAAAGACAUGCUGCCCUUUACCAGCGAUUUGAAGCUUUUCACCGAAAAAAUGAAGGAACGAGUGAAAGAAAUGACAGAAAAGGGAAUACAUGGCAUGACAGACUAUGCAAGGCUGAGCAAAGCGGUUCUCGCCCGUUUGCUAGUAUUCAACAAACGCCGUCCUAAGGAGCUUAGCAGCAUCCUGCUGCAAUCAUGGAUCAACCGAGAGAUGUACAAACAAGAGACGGUAGAAGAAGUGAACAAGUCAAUGGGUGAAACAGAAAAGAAGUUGUUCAACGAGCUCGACGUCGUCAUGUCCCGCGGCAAGUGCGGGAACAAGGUCCCCACCCUGAUACCGAGCGACUGCGCGGCUCCGCUGCAGCUACUGGUAGACAACCGGGAGACGUACAUUGACAAGGAUAACAAGUAUCUGUUCGCAAACCCUCUGGCGAGGACUACAGGACACUACAACGCAGGCGUGGUGCUUAAAGAGCAGUUGUCGGACAUGGCACUAAACAGGGCAGAUCUCUUCCAUGCAACAAAACUACGGAAAUAUUGUGCUACAACGUCCCAGAUUCUAGAGAUGGGUGAAUUCGAUAUGGAGGUGCUCACCCGGCACAUGGGACAUGACAAAGACGUGCAUCGUGGGUACUACAGACUGUCAGACGCUACUCACGAACUGACGCGUGCCUCCAUCCUGAUGAUGAAGCUGGACGAAGGAUGCCUCUCAAAAUAUAGCGGACGGAGCCUGGAGGAGAUGCUCACUGAAGAGGACUUCGACGAGCCAGGCUCUGAAAAUGAGGGCGGUCCGGCUGAUGAUCGCCAAGAGGACGAUGAAGGAGGCCAUGAACAGCGGAAGAAGGACCGCAAAAAAAAGCGAUAUGUAAAGUGGUCUGUGCCCGAAGUGCAGAGACUGCGGGCGAUACUGAAAGCCCGCGGUGGGCGGGUACCCAGUAUGGAUGACCUCAGAGACCUGUACAAGAGGGAGCCGUUCAACGGCCAUAAUCUGAAUGACAUAAGAUGCAAGAUGUACAAACUUAAACAGAAGGCAGAGUGAGCUGCUGGAGCGGCCGGGCCGGGCUGUUCUGGGUUGGGUCCGGACGGGACUUGGGGACCGGCGCCGCCCGCGGCGUCAAAUACAUGUGUCUGCCCGCGCCCCGAUGCCGCCCGCGGCGACAAUACAUGUGUCUGCCCGCGCCCCGAUGCCGCCCGCGGCGACAAUACAUGUGCCUGCCCGCGCCCCGAUGCCGCCCGCGACGUCAGCAGUGCUCUCUGUGGCAGCCAGUGAACAGCCGCCACAUGGCCUAUGUCAGGAUCGCUCGAGGCGCUGCAGUAGGUCCUGCUGGCCGUGUCCGGUGUUUGGUUGUCAAGCUCUGAAGCACCGUUUUUGUUGAGUUUGGUUAUCAAGCUCAGAAGUCAGAGGCACCGUUUUUGCUGCGUGAUACCGAUGGCACGGACGCAUGUACCAUGUUCGGUUGUGUCUCGUGUGCCUGGUGUAAGUCUAGUGAUUGUGUUGAUCCGAUCGAGUCUGUGCUAGGGUCCAGUGGCAGCGCCCGAUGCCGUCGGUCCAUGUGUGGUCGGCAAAGGGUGGCCAGCGGCCUAGCGUACGUCGGAGUCGUGAGCGUCAAGAUGGCGUGUGAAGUGUGUAUGGGUUGUUGUGUAUCUCGAUAACGUGUUUCCUCAUAAUGGUUUCGAUGCUGUAAGUUCUCGUAAGUCCGUUGUCAUCAGUUGUUCUCUGGUGUCCGUCCUUCCCUGUUCGGCACUGGCAGCGGUGCCCGGUGAUAGGGCUGAAUCGGGCCGGGGGCUGGGCUGUGCUGGGUUGGGUCCGGAUGGGACUCGCGGCCCGGAGCCGCCCGCGGCGUCAGUAAGUACAUACAUUGAGUUUUACAUUGAGACAGAAGCACCGUUUUUGUUGAGUGACACCGAUGGCACGGACUUGAGUACCAUGAUCCGUUGUGUGUUGUGUGCCUGGUGUAAGAUUGUGUUGAUCCGAUCGAGUCUGUGCUAGGGUCCAGUGGCAGCGCCCGAUGCCGUCGGUCCAUGUGUGGUCGGCAAAGGGUGGCCAGUCCGGCAGCUGCAUUUUUGUGUCCUUAUUGAAAUACACUGUCAGUCGUCAGAAAA